AUGGAGGGGGAAUCUCAAGCCGGGUCUGGCUCACGACCUCCAAGUCCCCAGGCCACGGGGACCAGUGGCGCAUUGUCACGAACGCAGCGAGGAGCCAUUGCCGCGCAAGCCUGCGAUACCUGUCGGUCAAGGAAGCAAAAAUGUGACGAACAGAGGCCCAAGUGUGGCACAUGCGUCAAGUUCAAGUUGGACUGCCGCUACCGAGAGCCCCAGCCAACGAAAAAGGACAAAACUCUCGUUGAGAUUCUGGAGCGCAUCAAGUCCCUUGAGGGUAAGAUAGACAACUUGACUGCCCAAGGCCUGGCAGCCAACUUUCAAUCCUCGAUUUCUGGCGAUGCGUUUGUGCAGACACCAGCGCCCAUGGGAAGCGUCCGUGGGAGCGUCGCAAGCGUCAGCAGCAGCAGCGCCUUUGUCCCUGCGCCGCCCUCAGACGCCAUGCUGUCGUCCGGGAAUGGCGCGAACUACAAUUAUGUCUCUUCAGUGCGCGCAAUGCUUGGCUGGCCUGCCGUCCAGGAGUUACUCAAGGUUGUCCUCCCAAGUGUGCCGGGCCAUGACCAAGGUUCCUUGAUCGAGCAAGACGGCAUUCCCAUCCAGCAGAGAGUGGGACCGUCGUUACCACUGGCCACGAGCGGGCCAAGACGCGGUCGAGCUGCGUCGAAUCUUGAGUCCCCAUCUGUGGCCGGUUCUCCGUCUUCCACUCAGGUAUUGAAUAGCUUGACCUGGGACUCAGUUCAGGUCCUCACCAAAGCUUUCUUCGAUACCUUCAACCUACUGCAUCCUAUUGUUGACCGCCAGGCAUUCAUAUCCAAAACUCUGCCAGCAAUGUUGACAAAUGGUCUCGUCUUUGACGACAGUAUCCAGUCAACAUUGACAUAUCUCAUCUUUGCUUUAGGCGAGGUUGCCAUUGACGCCUACUCGCAUCCCGGAGGCACAAAAGGACGCACCGCAGCACAGCAUCCUGGUCUGGUGUUCUUCAACGAGGCACGGAGACGGAUGGGCUUCAGUCUGACUGAGUGUAGCUUGGAAAAUGUCCAAGUAUUUGCUCUUGCAGGGAUCUACUAUGAGACGUGCUCUCGACAUAUG